GCUGAAUGUUGCAAGGUGCUUGAUAUGUGUAUCAUUUUAUGGAUUGGUCACACCCCAUAAAGCCACAUUAGGGUGGGGUGUAACAAUUGGGGAACGUCAGGGAUCAAAAAUCCAUGAGGCAAGGUACAGCAGGAUGCAGGGCGUCCUGUCUGUGUGUGGACUGCAGCCCCUGCUGGCCCUCCUUCUGCUGCAGACUGUGGGUUGUGGCUUAACUAAAGCAGACGCUGUGGUGAAUAUGAGGAAGGUUACCCAUCAGACCAUUAGUGAAGAGCUGUCCAAAACUGUUCUCCUCCCCUGCCUCUUCACCCUCCGCCCUGGUGUCAGUUCAUCCCAUGAGCCACCCAGGGUCAAGUGGACCAAGGUGUGGGGCCAGAGAGGCUCUGAUGGUCUACAGAAGGAACAGUCAGUCCUGGUGGCCAAAGACAAUGUGGUCAAGGUGAAGAAGGCCUUCCAGGGUCGAGUAACGUUGCCUGGUUACAAUGAGAACCGUUAUAAUGCCAGUCUUGCUCUGUCAGGACUACGAUCCAGUGACUCUGGUCUGUACCGCUGUGAGGUUGUGGUGGGAAUCAAUGAUGAGCAGGAUACGGUUCCCCUGGAGGUCACAGGUGUGGUGUUUCACUACAGAGCCCCUCAUGACCGCUACGCUCUGUCCUUCACUGAUGCCAAGAGGGUGUGUGUGGAGAACUCAGCUGUCAUCGCAACUUCAGACCAGCUGCGGGCUGCCUUUGCUGAUGGAUAUGAAAACUGUGAUGCUGGCUGGCUUUCUGACCAGACUGCACGGUAUCCCAUCCAGUCACCCCGGCCAGGUUGCUAUGGCGAUCAGGAGGACUCACCUGGUGUCCGUAAUUACGGGAACAGGUCCCCUGAUGAGCUGUUUGAUGUCUACUGCUUUGCUAAGCAGCUUCAAGGUGAAGUCUUCCACUCUGCAGUUCAGGAGAAGUUGAGUCUUGCCACAGCCUCCACCCACUGCCAUUCACUGGGAUCCCAGCUGGCCACAGUGGGGCAGCUCUACAUGGCCUGGCAGGCCGGUCUAGACCAAUGUGAUCCGGGCUGGCUGGCUGACGGCAGCGUCCGCUACCCUAUCAAUGUCCCACGGAAGAACUGUGGAGGAGACGAGCCCGGGGUGAGGACCGUUUACAACAACCCCAACCGUACUGGCUUCCCUGACACUACAGCGCUGUUUGACGCCUACUGCUACACAGCCCACCAACCUGCAGGGGUCCAGGCUGCAGAAUCCCAGACUUUGAACCAGAAUGCCAACCCAGCAGCAGAGGCCAUCUCCUCUAUCACUGAAGCCCAGCACAGAGCCCCUUCCUCCAUGACUUCUACAGGGACCAGUCUCAUUGACCUGGAUAAUGCAGAAAUCAACUCCAGUGCUGGAAUCUACAACUCCUCUGAGAUCUCUGAAGAGCACGAAGUCAUCCACUCGAAUUCAGAGGAAGGCUGGAAUGAAAAGCAGCAAAGCAGGAGCAACCAGCCCAGCCAAGAGGAAUCUGAUGGCCAAAAGAGUGGCAACACUUUGGGAGGGACAAGGAGUCAUAGAGGUUCUGCUAUUGAACAAGAAGAGAAUGGCCAUUUUGGAUCAUCUGACAUCCCUACAUUACCCUCCAUAGCUUCUUCCACUCCCCAGGCUCAGACGAGUGACAGUGUGUUGGCUGAGUUUGUGAGCUCUCUGAUGAAGCCCUUUAGGAAUUGGAGAAGAGGUGAGAGGAUGGAGGACACAGAAAAGGGAUCUCCAGAGCUUGAGGAAACAGAGGAAGGAAACCAGACACAGGGAGAAACACCCAGCAGAAACCAGAGUGAACCAAAACCCAGUGGAAACAAGGGAACCUUGGACAAUGCCAUCAUGGAGCACAGGAGUGGCAGUUUUUCCUUCAGGGCUGCUACCAGUGGACUACAAAGUCCAGAGGACGGUCUGUCUGAGCAGGAGAAAGAGCUGAUGCCAUUGAUCCCAUUAGUGCCUGCAGUCCAACUCACAGAGCAAAGUGACACCACCACUCAUCCAGGAGAACGAGCCUCCAGCAGCUCUGCUGACAACCCCCCAUCCACUGUGGACGUAUUCAUUGCAUCAAGUCCCAAUGCGACAUCACUGCCGCGAGAACAUGUCAACAUAUCUAGACCGCAAGCUCCCGGAGGAACCUCAACUUUUGAUCCCAGCCACAGCAGCUACUUCCACUCCAUUGAGUCAUUACAUGGCUCCAAACUAGGCCCUCCUGAAAACAAGGGCUAUGUGGGCAACUACCCCACCAGAGAGCCUAUGGAAGCCAAAGCAGGGCCGCUCGAGGUGAUGACACUGCCCACCUCCCUUCGACAGGACAGUCCAGGAUACUACUCAGGCCAGGAGAGGGAUCCGGACAGAGAUGAUGCUAACAGUCCAUCACCUGUCAGGACCACAUCAGGGGAGGAGAGGGAGAUGGAGGGGAGUGGUGAAGAGAGCAACUUCCCUACUGAGUUUGGAUUUAAAGUCAACAACUAUGACAGCAGUAGGGUCAAACUGAGUCCUAAAACAGAGGCUUCACCAAGCCAGAGCCAGCCUGAGCUUGUGACUGUGGCAGAGCACACCACUUUGUCCUAUUGGCAGCUGUUGGAACAACCAACCACACCACCUGAGGGAUCCCAGGAAGCUGGCACAGCAGAGGAGGCCAGGGGAGAGAUCCUCUAUGUCAGCCAACCUACAGAGAACCUCUCCUCUGCUUCUUUAGGAAGAGGAGAGGGUAGCUCAAAUUCAGGUUUCACACCUAUUUUCAAGAAGCACAAAAAAGGCAUGAGUAGAAAGAAAGCAGUGUCUACUACACCUGGAGCCUUAAUGGAAGUGCUAACAACCUCUGAGCUGACCACAGUGCAGCUGAAGACAGAUUCUACUGUCACAGAAACCACCACAGAAAACUCCUUGUACAAUCCCAACACCAGGAUACCAUAUAUUUCCAUUUCAUGGGUUCAAGAGGAGAAGCAGGAAACGAAAAGCAUUCUUGAUUUGCUCUCAGCAACUCCAGCACCCAGUGAAGGGCCUCAAACAUCCACUGGUAUAAUUCAGUUGAUAACCCUUGCUUCAGACUCCAUUGUUGCUGCGACAGAAAUGGAAUCCAGGUCUGCAGUGACUGAGUCCUUUGUGGUUGGAAGUGGGUGGACAUCUUUCAAGGGUAAAAGCACAAAAUCUGACGAAAGCAGAGCUACAGUGACACCAGAUGAGAAAGACAGCAAAGAAUCCAAAAACCCCUUUGGAUUUCUCGUACCCAACUGGACCUUUUGGUCAGUUGAGAAUAACCCCUGCCAGACAAACCCAUGCCUCCAUGGAGGGAGCUGCCUGCAGGAGGGUGAUGGCUACAGCUGCUACUGUCCUCAGGGCUUCUCUGGAGAGAGCUGUGAGAUUGACGUUGACGACUGCCAGUCUAAUCCGUGCCAGAAUGGAGGAACCUGCAUCGAUGAGAUCAACUCCUUUGUCUGUCUUUGUUUGCCCAGCUAUGGAGGAGCUACCUGUGAGAAAGACAUUGAGGGCUGUGAGCACACAUGGAGGAAAUUCCACGGCCACUGCUACAGGUAUUUCAGUCGGAGACACACCUGGGAGGAUGCCGAGAAGGACUGCAGAGAGCACAGCGGACACCUGGCCAGCAUCCACAGCCUGGGCGAGCAGAACUUCAUCAAAGGUCUGAGCCAUGACAACACCUGGAUCGGGUUAAAUGACAGAACAGUGGAGGACGACUUCCAGUGGACCGACAAGAUGGACCUGCAAUAUGAGAACUGGCGUGAGAACCAGCCAGACAACUUCUUUGCUGGAGGAGAAGACUGCGUGGUAAUGAUCGCUCAUGAGAACGGCAAAUGGAAUGAUGUGCCCUGCAACUACAACCUGCCCUACGUCUGCAAGAAGGGAACAGUGCUUUGUGGAACCCCGCCCUCUGUGGACAAUGCCUUCCUGAUUGGUCGAAAGCGUACCCACUAUGACAUCCACUCUGUAGUGCGCUACCAGUGUGCUGAUGGCUUCUUGCAGCGCCAUGUCCCAACUGCUAAGUGUCGUGCCAACGGCAAGUGGGAGCGGCCAAAAAUCAUCUGCAUAAAAUCUCGACGAGCCCACCGUUACCGGCGUCACCACCACAAGGGCAGGAGGGAGCACAGGAAGCACAAGAGGCACGGCCACAGAGAGGGAGGACACCACAGAGGAGAGGCGGGUCAGGGCCACAACCACGCCCACUUCUGAACCAAAACAUCCUUGACUUUUCUCUUCUGCUGCUGACUGCAGCUUGCCUGUCUCCCUGUCGUCCCCCUCCUUUUCCCCCCAUUACCCAACCAAGGCUUCAUAUCUGACAGCCCAGAACUCUUUGCCUGAACCCCGUCUCUGCACCACCCUCCCCUCAGCUCCACCUCUGGUCCUCCGAGUCAGCCUCUAUCAUAGUCAAUUCUGAGGCCUGUCAAAGUGCUCCCAGGCAUCACAAAUACAAUAACAAGACUGCUCUGAACUCUUUGUCCUUUCCUCUUCAGUUUUAAUUUCUUGUCUGAACUUGUAUCUCACCUGUCUUUCUUAGUCGACCCAGUUACUCUUCCUUAGAGCUUAACAACGACCUGAAACAUGGGGCUACGCUGAGAUGUUUUUCAGCACCAAACACUGAACAUUUUAGUAUGAAACUUUAAUAGAGCCAACAACACUGAAAGUACUGUAUCAGAAUCAGUCAGGAAAGAUGUUCAUGUUAGUCUGUGAAACACAUUAUUUCAAAUAAUCAGUUUAUUUCUUGAAUCAGCUGCUUUUGGUUUUCUCUUUGCCAGUAGUCAUGCUAAACUUAAAGUAAAUUAUCCUAAAACAAAUGUAGUUAAUUUACUUCAAUUCAGAGAUUCAGAUUUGUAAUUAAUUUAUUUUAUCGUUGGUGUUGUAUGUUAGUCAGUUUAAGCGUUAUUUUAGAUGUAAUUCUCAACCUCCAGAGGGAAAUGGAAAACACACUGCAUCUCUAUUCCAUGUGAUCACAUCAGAACAAACAUCCAUUUGUCUUAUUUACAAAAGUGUAAAAUAAUCUCAAACUGCUUUUGUGAUGUGAGACAUCUACCCCUGUCAUUUCCAAGAGUCAACACUUCUGAUUUCAAUGUAUCUGUAAUCAGCAGUUUCACUGUGCUUUAUGUUUCUCAUAAUUUAUGUUGCUGUAGGAAUAUGUGCUGUGAAUUAAUGAAGAUGUUCAUUUGCUUGGAGCUUUACAUAUUUGAUUCUAUGUGGAUAAAUUGUGCUGUCAGCAAGCCAUAAGAGACAUAAAGAACAAGGGAGCAGGUUAUAUAUUGGUAGAUCAUGUGGCCCUAACAUGUGUCACACCUAGCACCAAGUAUGAUGAGGUCCAUUAGAGUUUGAUGCACUGCAAGAAAAACAAAAAAUUGAAAAGACACACAUAAUAGGAGAUAUCUUAAAACUUUAUAUGUAGCCUCACAAAACUUUAUCUAAAACACAUUCUUUCAGCUGUUGGGUCACGAUAAUACAUGUCUGUUUUAGGCACAUUUCUCAGAAUUUGGGAACAUCGUUGUUCAACUCAUUGAUAAUGCAUUUCAUUCUUUCAGACAUUUGAAUUGGCUUCAUUUUUCAAUCUGUGUUGUAUCAGCCAGCACAUUGGCAACCAUUGUCCACAUAUCAAGCAGCUGUGGAGUAACACUAACAUUCAUUUUCAACCCUAGAUAAUGUGUGAUCACCAAGCAAACUUAAUUACAACAUUUCCUGUA